CUGAAAAUCACAAGGACAAUGCAGUGAUGUCAAAGGAUAGGCUCCCUCUGAUUGGUUCAUCAAGCAGUAAAACUGCAGAUGGACAAUCAAAGAUGUUUAGAGAGUGAGAAUUUCAAUCCCAGUCUCAUUUAUGGUCUGAAUGAAGCACAGCUAGAUAUCCUGGGACAGCGCAGGUGGAAGGUGCAUCGGACAAUUUGGGGAAAGCUGAAGGAGGAGUGCUGGUGUUCAGGUCCAAGGCUGAAGAGCUACUUCCUGUCUAUUGCACCUCUCUUGUCAUGGCUGCCACAAUACUCGCUCAGGAAAAACGCUAUUGGAGAUCUGAUAUCAGGAAUAAGUGUGGGAAUCAUGCACCUGCCACAAGGGGUGGCUAAUGCUUUGCUGGCUGCAAUUCCUCCAGUGUUUGGUCUAUAUUCGUCCUUCUACCCUAUUCUCAUUUACUUCAUAUUUGGAACAUCUAGACACAUCUCUGUGGGUACUUUUUCUGUCCUUUCCAUCAUGGUCGGUACGGUGACUGGUGAUGUUGUGUUGGCAGGCCAGGCAGUGGAGCAGAGAGUGCUGAGAUUGUGGCUGAAAGUGUUAAGAGUUGCCUGUGCCUUUGACCAUUCUAUUCUGCUUUAUGUGCUGCGUUGUGGAGGGGUGUGUCGGUGGUUGUCUCAGCCAUUGGUCAGUGGAUACACUACAGCAGCUGCUGUCCAUGUGACUGUUUACCAGCUGCCUUUACUGAUGGGCAUCUCCAUAGUCAGACACAGAGGCAUCUUUGCUGUGUUCUGGAUUAUCUUUGCCACUCUGUCAUCAGUGCAGUUUGAUCUGUCCGGUCAGUAUGGAAUACAGAUUGUGCUAAAACUAAUUCUCUCUCUCCUUUUGUCCCCUUUUCUCUCUCUUUGUUUACCUCUAAGUCUCUCACCUCCCUCCCUUCCAUCAUUUUCUGUCUCUCAGGAGCUAUUAUUGACAGCUCUUGCGUUGGCAGUGGUGGGCUAUGGUUUUCAAGCUUCAUUGGGCAUGAUGUUUGCUCAUAAACAUGGGUACCCCUUUCACAGUAACCAGGAGCUGUUGGCUAUGGGUCUGUGCAACUCCAUUGGCGGGAUGUUCCAGUGCUUUCCAGUAAGCGGAUCCAUGUCUCGCAGCACAGUGCAGGAGAGUACAGGCGGACAAACUCGGGUUUCUUCUCUGGUGUCUGCACUGAUAAUUCUUUUGAUCUUGUUGAAGUUUGGCCCCCUUUUUCAGCAGUUACCAAAGACAGUUUUGGCUGUCAUUAUUUUAGUGAAUCUGCAAGGGGUUUUUGCACAAGUCAAAGAUGUGCCUAAACUUUGGAAUACAGACCGCUUGGACCUGGUAGUGUGGGUAGUGACACUGCUCAGUGCCCUGGUGUUUAAACUGGACCUGGGGCUUGGCAGUGCAAUUGUUUUCUCUCUUUUUACCAUCGUGUUCAGGACACAGCAGCCCAGAUCUUCCGUUCUUGGGCAUAUUGCUGGCACAGACUGUUACAGGGAUCUGGACAAAUACUCAAGGGCACAUCAAGUCCCUGGAGUUGACUGUGUUUUCCUGUUGUAAUCCACUUUACUACGCUAAUGCAGACCAGACCUUCACAUCACUCAGACAGGCUGUUAGUAAUGACAUUAAUGAGAAUCCUGAAGUAAGUUCUCCAGACCAGCAGGGGGUUCAGAGUGCGUUAUUCUGGAGCUCAGUGGAGUCACCUUCAUGGACUCGGUGGCCAUGGGCACAUUAAAAUCAGUUAGUGUCACAGAACACACACAUGUACCCACACGUAGAAGUGUUGAUAUUUUACCAGAGAUGAACAGAAAUAGGUUACUUGUUACUGGCUCUCAUUAACUGCUAACCAAUAAAUGGCUUUUUAAAUUCUGCUUGUCACCAUUAUCGUGUUUAAAUGCAAACAUGCAUGUCUUACCACUCUCUCUGGGUCACAGGUACUUCAGGAAUUUGAGAACACGCAGACCUUGUUUUUCUGUGCUGCAUGUCCAGGUUACACGUCUCACACGUACAGCUACAGUCUCAAAUGUAGUGUCAUGAUCUGAGAUGGUUUCCUAUCUCAGAUGAAGAAUCAUGGUUUUGUUCCAGAUUUUCUGUCUCUUUCUUCAUUUUUCCCUUCAGUGCAUCAUGCAAUCCUGCACUACCAGGGGCUACAGAACACAGGCACACAUGUUACAGAGCUGUGACCUUUAAUGACCUCACUUCCUGAACGAUGAACUCGGCAAAUACAUGAACUUGCAAACAUGAAAAAACUAAACCUCACUACUGAGCUUUAGAAGUGACACUUCAAGAUAGAACGGAAAAGGAAUACAAGAACUUCCAAUUUUGAUUUAAUGAUUUGGAUCAACUUUGUGCAUUCAUCUGGAUUUAAGGUGAUGUGU